CUUUUGUCGUUGAUUAUUCAGGAAAUCGACGUCUACCCUUUUCACCAAUCAGACUAACGGAUUUAAAAAAAAUGUAUGAAAUGUAUGCAUUCACUACUGUAAAUCGCUCUGGAUAAGAACGUCUGCUAAAUGACUAAAAUGUAAACUGAUGCUAUUCCGCUACCAUGAUUACCACCUAAAUAUUUUGAAUAAACCAAUCACGACAGCGUAAGAAGUGUCGUGGUUAUUUUGAAAUGUCGAAUUUGACUUGUUGCAGAAAGAAACACGUAUCGGUAAAGUUUGGGAUGCUAAAGUACAUUUUCACAAUAACGUGUGGAAUUAAGUCGGAGGAGUCUGAAAGGCAGAUUCAAACAUGGCCCAAAAUGGAUUCGAGGAUGACAUUCAUAGCAUUCUGAAGCUUGAUAUGCCAAUCACAAACGCGCCCAUGGCGAGGUGGCAAAGAAAAGCCCUUUCGUCCAUGUCUACCAGCAGUGCCAACACCAGCACUCUAUCACCUGGCAAAUAGAGUUCUUAGUAUGUCCAAGACGCAUAGUAAAACAGCAGGUUACCAGAACAACCUGAAAGUCCUCUACAGUCAAGUUCCUACCCCAGUCUCUACCAAAAAGACCAGAUACAUAUCAUCUGUGUCUGACACUUUCUUAGAAGCUUCUGAACUCCGAAAUGAUUUCUAUUUGAACCUACUGUCUGGAGCAGUCGGAACCUUUUAGCGGUUGCCCUUCACAACAGUGUUUACCUGUGGGACGCAGUCCAGGGUGACAUCGUCCUGCUGAUGAAAAUGAAGCGGGAGGAGGACUAUAUCUGCUCCGUGUCCUGGAUCAAGGAGGGCAACCUCCUGGCUAUUGGUACCAGUGACUUUGUGGGAUGUGGAGAACCAGAAGUGUCUACGCAGCAUGGCCAGCCACACUGCCAGAGUUGCCAGCCUGAGUUGGAACAAUUAUAUUCUCUCCAGAUCAGGUCACAUCCACCAUGAUGUGAGGGUAGCCGACCACUACAUCUUCACCCUGUCUGGGCACUCUCAGGAGGUGUGUGGGCUGAAGUGGUCCCCUGACGGGAGAUACCUGGCCAGUUUAGGCAAUGACAACCUGGUGUAUGUGUGGUCAGAUGUGCAGGAUGGUAGUGGCCAAGGCAGCAGUUUUGUCCACUGCUUCAGUGAGCACCAAGGAGCAGUCAAGGUGGCACCAGUGACCACCGCAUCUGGAAUGUCAACCGUGGCUCCUGCAUCAAUGGUCUGGACACUGUCUCAGAUCUCCUCUUUGAUGUUUGCGCCAAACUACAAGGAAUUGGUCUUCAGCCACGGAUAUUCCCAUGACAACAUAGUCAUCUGGAAGUACCCCUCCUUGACUAAAGUGGCAGAGCUCAAUGGUCAUGAGGACAAAAUCUUGAACCUUACCAUGAGUCCAGACUGCUCGACUAUUGACACUGUCCGGUUCUGGAAGAGCUUUGAGCUGGAUCCAGUCAAAAAGGCCAAUGAGAUGAAGUCCACUAGCAGCAUUAUACACACAGCUAUCCGAUAAUGGACUUCUAUAUUGAUCAACUCCUGUAUUGUUUACAUAAUUUAGUAGUUUUUUUUUCACUGUAAAGAUUCUUGUGUUUGAAUAGUUUGCCUCCUUGCUGCCACUUGAUAAUGAUUACAAAUCUGGAUUCACAACUAGUGCUAUUUAUUGCAAAUGCUG